AUGUUAAGAAAUCGAAAAAGAUGCUCCUACGUCCCUCUCUCCUCCUCAUCGUCGUCCUCUAACAAUAUCGGGAAACUCCACUUGAAGUUUUCUUUGCUCUUGCGUUCUUUCAUCAACAUCAUUAAUAUCCCCGCUUGCAAAAUCCUCUCUCUUCCCUCUCCGCCAUCUUCUUCUUCCGGCGUCUCUAACCAACUGAUCUCACUCGUCACCGGUGGAUCCUCUUCUCUCGGGAGAAGAGUUACCGGGACUCUGUACGGACACAAAAGAGGCCACGUCACGUUUUCGGUCCAGUACAACCAGAGAUCAGACCCGGUCUUGCUCCUGGACCUGGCCAUGUCAACGGCAACUCUCGUCAAAGAGAUGUCCUCGGGGCUCGUCAGGAUCGCUUUGGAGUGCGAGAAGCGUCAUCGAUCAGGAACGAAGCUUUUCCAAGAACCCAAAUGGACGAUGUACUGCAACGGGAGAAAGUGCGGUUACGCUGUGUCACGUGGCGGGGCGUGUACUGACACGGAUUGGCGCGUGUUGAACACGGUCUCUAGGGUUACUGUUGGAGCCGGAGUUAUUCCGACGCCGAAGACUAUUGAUGACGUGUCCGGUGUUGGUAGUGGAACGGAGCUUGGGGAGCUAUUGUAUAUGAGAGGAAAAUUUGAAAGAGUCGUCGGGAGCCGUGACUCGGAGGCGUUUUACAUGAUGAAUCCGGACAAAAACGGAGGUCCAGAACUCAGUAUUUUUCUUCUUAGAAUAUAAUAAAGAAGAGAAUUUGACUUUGUUAAAAUUUGAAAAUGUCUUAAAUGACGUAUUAUUAUAUAUAUAUGUGAUAUGAUGAAUGCAAUGUUUGUCAUGAAAUAUAUGUAAGCGAUAUUGAUAUGAAAGAGAGAGAGAGAGAGGGGGCCUAGAGUAUGAUAAUGUUUUGUUUUUUA